UGUUGAUCCUACAAAUCUCAGCAAUGGUGUGCAUUACUUUGAAGUGUAUGGGGUUGAUUGCAAAACGCCAGAUCGCGGCCCAGUUUUCAGAAUCCCUGUCACCAUAAUAAAGCCCAUUACGGUGACAAAUCAACCUCCGGUGAUUUCAUUCCCGCAAAUGUCAUUCAUCGCAGCUCUAGGCCACAUUGAACGAAGGUAUGUAGAGGUGCCGCGUGGUGCGACAUGGGUUGAGGCUACAAUAAGAACUUCUUGGUUUGAUACCACUCGGCAGUUUUUCAUUGAAACGCUUCAGCUAUGUCCACUGCAAAGGCCUAUCAAGUGGGAGAACGUUGCGACGUUCUCAUCUCCAUCUGCUAAAAGCUUUUCAUUUCCUGUGGUUGGUGGUCAAACCAUGGAAUUAGCAAUAGCUCCAUUCUGGUCUGGUAACCAAGGAAGUCACGAACCAACUAUUGUUGAUUUUGAGGUAGGAACUGGAUAUCUUAAUCCAUUUGAGUUCAGUCCUUGUCUUUGACUACUGAGGAUUGCAUGCACUUGUAUUUAUUUAUUUAUCUAUGCUUGGGCUGCAUUGAAUCAUUCAGCAAUCUUUACGUCAGUUUGUAUAAUUUCCUUUUGUUAUUAUU